AUGGAGCCAGAAGAAAAGAAGAAACUUAAGUUUCUCGAUAAAGAACUUCGUUUGCUCACCGAUGUGAUAAUCCAGUAUGAGCAUCAUCUGGUGUACGUCCGCGAAGGCGAGUUUCUGAAGGAUGCUGGUCUCACAUGCUUUGCAUUAAUGACACUUAUGAAAGAAUUGCCAACACAGGAGUUAGUCCAAGUGCCGAACAGCGGCGCCGUUACGUUAAGCAUCGGCAAGUUAAACAAUAUCAUUAAGUGUUUGGCAAAGAACACCGGUGAAAGGUCUCAACAGUUAUUUGACAGCCUCAAGAGUUUGUUACGGAUGGACGCUGGAUGCCAGAUUCAAUUGCCUAACGGAAAAGUGUUGAGUAUUUUCGGUCCAACCAAGGAUUACAAAUGCCCAGAAACGUGGUUGCAAUCCGUGGUACGGCAGGCCAACGCGCUCGUCCGUUAUACACAGAGCGAUUUAGGGUUCAAGUCAUCGCACAUACUCGCAAUUGCAUUAUUAAUAUUUAUGGUAUCCUGGUCGAUCGCCGAUAUGUGGGAGGUUAAAGACGAAUGCAGGAACAUGCAAGACCUGACUGAGACCGACAAGCGCGAGUACCUUGAAUUCCUUAACAAUAUGGAUGCGAUUUUAACCGAAAUUUGCAACGAGCUGAACUCUGGAUGUCAUGCUCGUCUUGACGGACUUUUUCGAACCUUGAUUGAUGAAACAACAAAACUUAUCAGCAAGAUUGACAUAUCGCAAAGGAAAAUCGAGGAAAAUAUCGAAAAAUUAAAGAAGAAAGAGUCAAAUCGUGCUCUCUUUCGCGAUGCACUUUUUGGGGUCAGCGGAUUCGCUUUCUUCUUUACAUGGAAUUAUUGGAAAACUAUGAGUGUGGCCCAGCGGGCAGCCAGCGUAUUAGGCAGCGGAGCGGUUGCUGGUGGUGCGGUCACCAUGAUGAUAUCAGUGUACACGCUGACGCAAGCACUAAAUAAGCAAGCAGAAGUCUUGAAGAAUUUGAAGGAAUUGAAUACACAACUCUCAAAGAUCCAGGAUUACCUAGAGAAUCUAGAAUACGAACCAGCAGAUCAUGUGGUUAUUCUUAUCCAAUUUGAAGAUCCCGCGUAUUGUAAUUAUUGGGAAAAUUGCACUGGCUACUCCGAAACAGGAGGGGGCGGAGGCGGCGGAGGUGGCGACGGCGGUGGAAACAGAGGUGGCGAAAAUAAGGCUAACGUAGGUCCUUACGGAAAUGCUCACGGAAUUGAUUACGGGCGGUUUACAAGAAAUUCUAAUGUAAUUCAAUAA